CUGUCUGCCGCAUCAGCGUCGUUGUCAUCUGUGUAUCUGUCCAUCGUUGCGAUCGUGAACUUGUCUCGUAAAGCUAGAGCGCGGAGAUCUUGGUCUCGGCGGGCGAGUGAGGGAGGGAGCAAACGGUUGAACAUCUACCUUCCUCAAGGUUCUCAUAUGAAUCAUCGGAUCGUAAACGUCGACCAUUCGAUUCGGACUGACCAUCGACGACUAUAACAACACCGCUACAACCGCAUUUCCUCUUGCAUCAUGACACAGACAUAGCUCAUCUUCUUGCCGGACCGCAACCACAACCCUCCCUCCUUCGCACCGCUCUCUCGUCUUUGUAGCACAAUGUCGAACCGUGCCGAAGAUCCCAAAGCCCUGUUCCGUCAAUUCAUCCAGACGCUCUCCCAGAUCCCACCUACGACGCCCGCCAGCCAAUUGGACAAGCUGACCAAGCUGCAGAGGGUAUUGGAGAAGGAAGAGAACCUGGUCUCCGAAGCGGAUGUUGUCAAGCGGGAGAGGCUCGUCAAGGAGUACGAGGACGAGUUGAGAAAGAGUUCCAAGCAGAGCCAGAUCUUGGGACAAGCCUGUGCAGAGCUGCAACACUUGAUCAAGGUCGUAGAUAACAAGCGACCACUGGAACCAUCUACCUCUUCGGCUUUGGAACACCCUGCCAAGCAUCGGAAACAACAACGACUCGGCGUAGGGUCCGACGCACGAGCUUCGCCUGCCAUAUCCAACCGGUCGCUUUCUCCUCAUCUUCCUCUUUUUGCUGCUGUUUCUACUCCGACUCGUGAUCGCGAGAGAGAAAGAGAAAGAGAAAGAGAGAGAGAGAGAGAAAGAGAACGUGAACGGGACCGGGAUAGAGAUCACAGAGAUCGCGAUAGGGAUAGGGAGCGUGACAGAGAAAGGGACCGAGAUCUCAAGGACAAGUCCCACAACAAACACAAACGGACGACAAACCCGGACCAUAAAGAGCAUCAUCCUCGGGAAAUCUCUUACGCCCGUCAACUACCUUUACGACCCGGCCGGAGGAUCGCUUUCAAAGCUCCUGAUCAUGAGAUUGGAAAGGGAGAGACUGGAUGGAUCUUGGCUACUGUGAAAGGGAUGAUUGGAGGGGAUAAGACGAGGUAUGAGGUCGAGGAUCCUGAUGCUGAUGCCAACUCACAGAAACAUUUCACGACGACCAUCAAAUGCAUCGUCCCCCUCCCCGACCCCAACGCACCCAGAGACUCACCCUCUCACCCGAACGCCUACGAAGACCGGGCGAUAAGAUCCAAAGUCGCAGCCAUCUACCCUGAUACGUCCAGUUUCUACUGGGCGACCGUCGUCAACUACCUAGGCUCGCCUAAGGAGAAGGGGAAAUAUGUACUGGAGUUUGAGGACGAUGAAGGGAAUCAGAGGGAGGUGGAUUAUUGUGUUGUCAUCGAUGCGGCGACGUUGAAAUAGGAUGAAACGGUGGUGCAGGUAUCUACACAGUAAGAUUAACGGACCGUUGUAGUAUCACGAUCAUGAUGAUAUCCGCUCGAAAAGUUUUGGAGCAAGAGGUCGAUACAAUAGGAGCAUCAUCGUCAUCAUUUAUUGUUUUCUUGUAAACGCGACAUAUCAAAUGGAAUCGACCGACACGA